CCGCCCCCCCUUAUCUGGCCCGGGGGCCACCGCCAGGGCAAGCAGCCGGCUGGUUGUGGCCGAGCGAUGUCGCAGGGACCUACUCUCGUCCGCACCACGUGCAGCAGUGGCGGCAGGUUCGGACCCGGGGCCAGAGCGGGGCAGGUGGGCAUGAGCUCCCCCGGGGGGCUGCUGGACCCCGUGUACCCCCGCACGCACUCGGCCCUGAUGAAAGUGGCGCAGAUGGUCACUCUGCUUAUCGCCUUCAUCUGUGUAAGGAGCAGCUGGCAGUGGACCUUCUACAGCGCCUACAGCUACUUUGAAGUGGUUACCAUUUGCAAUCUGAUAAUGAUCCUCGCCUUCUACUUGGUCCACCUCUUCCGUCUCUACCGUGUGCUCACCUGUAUCAACUGGCCCCUGUCGGAACUCCUGCACUAUUUGAUUGGCACCUUGCUCCUCCUAAUCGCCUCCAUUGUGGCUGCUUCCAGGAGCUUCAUCCACAGCGGGCUGAUAGCUGGAGCGGUCUUUGGGUUUGUGGCCACCUUCCUGUGUAUGGCGAGCAUAUGGAUGUUCUACAAGAUCUCAUGUGUCACACAGUCAACAGAUGCAACUGUCUGACCACAGCCCACAGAAAGCUCCGCUGAACACAUAGCCUUACAGGUGAGAGGCCCAGUGGACCCAGGACCCCAGGGGAGACUGAGUCUGUGUUCCUGCACCAACAUCCUGCUCAGGUUGAUGGACAAGAAGGGCUGAGUUCCUGAAUGAACCUUUCUCUGUAGCCUUCCUUGGAGAACAUUCCUCCCUAUCUGGAGGGAAAAGCAGCUUCCAGAAAACUCUGACUUCUCCCUCCAGCUUUUAGACAUACCUCAGGAACUGAGGGGGGCUUUCUCAAUACUUCUGCAUCGACCUGCUACUUCUCUGCACAGUGAGGCUGCCUUUUAGAGAAGACACAGCCACCUCCUUGGACACCUUCUCCCUGUGGGGGGCUUUCUCAAUACUUCUGCAUCGACCUGCUACUUCUCUGCACAGCGAGGCUGCCUUUUAGAGAAGACACAGCCACCUCCUUGGACACCUUCUCCCUGUCUCCACCCAUUUCAUUUGUAUGUGUGUGUUUGUACUUUUUAAUAAAAUAUUGACUUGGCCAA